AUGGAGGUGCAGGUGGUGACGACGGAGGAACCGAGGGACCCGUUCUUGCCGCUGCGGUGGGAGAGCACGGGCGACCAGUGGUGGUACGCCACGCCCAUCGACUGGGCGGCGGCCAGUAUAGAUGUGCAACGGGCCGGCACGGCCCAUGGCGUGGGAGGAGGCGACGGCAACGCCAACCGCCUCCUCCGGGCCGGAUACGGCGGAUGGCUCCUCUACACGGCCACCGCGGCCGGGGACGAGAGGUUUGUGCGGGAGCUGCUCGCGGCGCAGCCGCUGCUCGUCUUCGACGAGGGGGAGUACAGCGUCACCGACAUCCUGUACGCCGCGGCGAGGAGCGGAGGCUCCGAGGUGUUCCGCCUCCUGUUCAAUGCCGUGCUGUCUGCGGCGUCGUGUCCGGCUCCGGUCGGGGGUGACGAAUUUAGGCGCGAGAUGAUGUGCCGCGCCGUGCACGCCGCCGCGAGGGGAGGCAGCCUUGACGUGCUCAGGGACCUCCUGCACGGCUGCUCCGACGCCGCGGCCUACCGGGACGCGCAGGGAUCAACCAUCUUGCACGCCACGGCUCCUACUAGAUGGCCGGCUGGGAGCUAG